CCUACCUUCCAUUCUAAUUGUCAAAUAAACCUAGAAGUAAUUUUUUUUUGUCCAAAUGUAAGUUAUGCCUUUAUUGCAAUUGCACAAUAUUUUAAAUCUCAUUGGUUGCUUUUUUAUUUUUUCUGUAACUUUUGAAGUUAGGACAUAAGAUAAGAUACAUAAAUGUACGUAAUGAGUAUGUAAUAAUGUCUAUCAAAACGAAUGUAGUUAAACCUAAAAGUGUAAGAGUUUUUGAAGCAGAUGAAUUCGAGCGAUUGUUGCAAGGAUUGCAAGUUGCAGCAUGCAUGAUAACUGAGUCACACCAAGUUGUGGAUGAAGCAAGUGUACUUAAACGUCUCCGAGCCCUAACAAUAAAUGGAGCAUCAGAUGGCAAUGCUUGCUCGUGCUGCGGAGUCGGCCCAUUUGAGUCUCGGGCACAGCAGACUGCACAUUAUAAGCAACAUUGGCACACGCAUAACUUAAAGAGGAAAUUAUUUGGAAAAGCACCAUUGAGCUUGGGACAGUAUAAUUUAAGACAAGAUGAUUCCAGUGUUACUGGCAGUGAUUCAGAAACAGAAGGUAGUACAACAAACCCCGCUAGUGACCUUUUUGCAGCGGCCACUAGGCACUGUAAAGCCUUUUUUACAAACAAGAAAAAGCAAGUGUUCUGUAUUUAUAGAUGUAUAUUGCACCAUAGAAAGGAGGAACUAUCAACAGAUGGAGAAGGGACAGCCUGGGUUGAACGAUGCCAACGAUUGACAAUACCAGGCUAUCAAAGAUGGGCAGUCCUCAUGGUGUCUGGUGGACAUUUUGCAGGUGCAAUAUUUUCCGGUGGUAUUGCAGUUGUUCAUAAAACAUUUCAUUCGUACGUUACUCGUAGAGGCCAAGGUCAAGCUCAGAUAUCAAGGGAUCAACACGGUAAUGCUCCACGAUCUGCCGGAGCCAGUUUGAGGAGAUAUAACCAAGCGCAGUUUUUAGAACAUAUCCAAGAAAUUAUAACUGGUUGGGCAGAGGAUUUAAAAGGUUGUUCACUUGUGUUAUACCGAGCUGUGGGUUCAGUUAACCAGGCUGCGCUUUUUGGAAAGAACUCUCCGUUGAAAAGAGAUGAUUUGCGUGUGAGGGCAUUACCAUUUCCUACACGAAAACCCACUUAUAAAGAAGUGAAAAGAGUACAUGAAACAGUUGCUAGUGUUGAGGUUUAUGAUACAAUGGAAUUGUUUCAAAAAGCAUUAAUAGCGUCAACAAGUAAGGCACCUACAAAAAAUAUUUCAGACUCGAGUGUCGAUCGUACUAAAAAGACCCAGAAAAGCGUUAAUAAACAGAUUGAUAGAGCUAAAUCUAGAGAACGACCUCCACGCGAAUUACCAACACAACUAAUCUCAAGUGAGGAUGAAGGACCUUGUUUCAUAGACCUAGAGACCCCAGUAGGUUGGAUAAAGACCUUAUCAGAGCAAUGCACUAAUGGUGUUAUCACUAAUUCAAGAAGGGAUCUCCUAAACAACUCCGCUGGUGAUAGUGAUUCAUCUGAAAAUGAAGAAAAAACGGAACCACAGAAGAAAGGGCACGUAAAGAAAAAGAAAAAGAAGAAACCUGACGAUAACAAACAGAAUAAAAAGGUCUUGACUAAGAUAUCUGCUAAUGUUGAGAAGAUAUGGAAAAUGAUAUCGGAUAAGGAGUUGACCUCUUUGGAAACAAUUUUAGAAGAAAUUGAGAGUACUGAGCUAGAAGCGGCUUGCAACACUCAAGAUCCAGCUGAUGGUAACACUGCGUUACACAAGGCUGCUAUCGCCGCCAAGCCAGAUAUGGUCAUGCAGCUCCUGGGCGCAGGCAGCGACCCGUGCGUGCGCAACCACCUGCUACAGACGCCGUACGCGGCCGCGCACGCGCACUCGCGCCUCGCCUUCCGCCUCUUCCAGGGCGACCAUCCGCACAAGUACAACUACAACAAGUCUCAAAUCCCGGGUCCGGUGACUCUGGAACAGUACGAGCAAGAGAAAGAGAAAAAAGCACAACAGAAGAGAGCGAAGCGUCAGCGGGAAAAGGAGAAACAGGCUGAGAAGAAUAAAUUGAACAAGUUUUUACAGAUGACUGAUUAUGAAAAGGUAAAAGCCGAUGUACCGAAAUGUUUCCUCUGCGGUACUAAUUUACCAAAGCAACCGUUCGAAUACAACAAUUAUAAGUUUUGUUCGAUAAAAUGUCUACAAAAUCAUAGAAAUCUCCGACCAUUGCAUAAGAGCGCGUGAUACAAUCAAUCAAGUAUUUCACAAUAUCCACGGGCUCUUAGUUGCCAAUGCCAUUUGUACUACAUAAAAUAUUUGUUUCAUUAAUGGCAUGUUUUUUUUUUUACAAUAAUUUAACAUAAGACCAGCAGUUCUAAGACUGUCUAGAAUCGCUAGAAACGUCGUUAUAAAUAUAUUAAAUAUAUGAUAUAUACAAUAUAUGUAUUCUGUAACA